GGAAUCUGGAGAAACCAUCCGUCCUGUCAACAAGAUGCUGUCACAGCUGACUCUCAAAAUGCUGAGUGUCAACUUAGACAUGAAAUCAGAUGAGUCGUUGUCAGCCAAGGUUGGACUGGUGGACUUCACAAUGGACGACUGCCGAGUGGAAAAGGAAGGUGGAAUCACAAAGUGAGUUGGUGGCAUCACUGAGGAAAACAUAAUAUUAAAAAAACCAGCAACGUUUUAACAGUUCUUUUGUUUCAAAUACCCUAGAGUUCUGGUUCCCAACCCAUAAGUCGGGACCCCAAAUGGGUUUUGGAGAAAUUACCGAGUUCAAGAAAAUAAUGGGUCACUUUGUUUUAAUAAAAGUCUCCUAGAACUUAGAUUAGAACAAUAUUAUGGUAAGUAUAAAUCCCACUCAAAUUACAAUUAUAUAAAUUACAUAUCUGUAAUAAAGUUUGCAUAUUCUGUAAGUGAUUAUAAAUGAGCAGAGAAGUCUGUAAUUUGAAUUUUCCCCCAGAUUUAUUCAAUUGAAAAUUGAAUCGUUUUUUCCGAUGAUUCUUCUAAAAAUUGAAUUGUUUUCCAGAUUGAUUCAGUUCAAUUGUUUUUACCCUGUAACACGUGCUAUUCUUGCCGAUGUAGCAUGGUUAACUAAUACUUUGUUUGAUUGUCAUGGAUGCCGCUAUCACUUGCGUAAUGUAAUUAAUUCUCUCACUCCUCAACUCCAACUAAACAAUUGUCCCCUCACACAAUGAGGUGUCAACGUCUAUGAAUAAAUUGUACAGUACUUUAUUAUAUGAAUUACUACAACAAAAAUAAGACUUGCUAUGAUGAUAUCCUGCAACAAUUCUAGGAUGCAAUCAUCACACACUUAUUUAAUAUUCCACAUUACAAUUGAAUCACAAUACUUUAAUUCUUCAAUAAUCCAUACAAGAGAGAAUAAAAAGAUGUCUGCUUCCUGUCAGAUAAAAGGGUACACUCUUCGCUCUACUAAAGCGUGCCGUCUACCUCCGCUCUAGAAAAAUAUUGUUUGCGCUUUUCUCGUGAUUCACAAGAUACUACAACGUUAUAAUCAAAUUACUACGCCAUCCUGACAUCAUAGUGUCGUGUGUAAAAUUACAGCCAACUUGGUCUGUUACAUACCCCAUUAAUUACUUUGAAACAUUGUUUUCCCAGAUUGAUUCAUCUCAAAGUUGAAUUGUUUUCCCAUAUGUUUUAACCUAAAAAUUGAAUUGUUUUCCCAGUUUGAUUCAUCUCAAAGUUGAAUUGUUUUCCCAUAUUUUUUAGCCUGAAAUUUGAAUUGUUUUCCCAGAUUGAUUCAUCUCAAAGUUGAAUUGUUUUCCCAUAUGUUUUAACCUGAAAAUUGAAUUGUUUUCCCAGUUUGAUUCAUCUCAAAGUUGAAUUGUUUUCCCAUAUGUUUUAACCUGAAAUUUGAAUUGUUUUCCCAGAUUGAUUCAUCUCAAAGUUGAAUUGUUUUCCCAUAUGUUUUAACCUGAAAAUUGAAUUGUUUUCCCAGUUUGAUUCAUCUCAAAGUUGAAUUGUUUUCCCAGAUUGAUUCGUCGUACUGCCUACAAACAUCAAGAGAGAGAAACCCCAACCACCAAUUUCACAGCCAGCACAGAGGGCAUGUUUAUUGAUCUAGCCUACGACCAGAGUGCUAAGCAGGACAAGAAAGGUAUUCUCAGUAUUGAUAACACUUUGCAUCUGAGUCUUGGUGCUGUGGUACAUGAAUGUAAGGGAAGUGGGACAUUCCAACACUUAAAAUGACCUGAUCAAUAGAUGGAAUCGUGUGCAAGAUUCAGAACUUAUUAUCAUUGUUCAGUCACUCUGAGUAAAAAUAAGGCCUGUAAAAAUUUAGCUUUAAUUUCAGCCGUGCUGCAAAAUGAUUCUGCUGCCAUAGGUAAUUUAAAUAAAUGCAUCAUUAAUACGUAUUGGCUUGUCUAAUUAGUGCUUUUAAAUGUAUAUCUUGGUGUUAUUUAUAUAUCCAAACAUUUCAAAGAAUUUAAAAAAAAAAUAAAUAACUAAACUAAGAACCAUGUUUCCUCUGCUUUUAUUUAUUUUAGAAUUGAAUUGGUUCAAAUGAAUAUUUUCUUAUGAGCUUCCCAGAACACCCUGCAAAAUGUGAAACGUCCUUUUAACAAACAAGCAAAAGUUGAUAAUACAGUGAUAGCUAUGAUGAACUCAGCAAAAAAUACAUCAAGCUAUUUGACAAUUUUUUUAUUUAAUUUUUUUUUAUUUUUCAGUUUUGCUGAAUAUCUGUUCUCUCCAUAUCUGCAUCUGCCUGGAGUUCAUCAUGAAGGUCAUGGAUUUCUUCUACAACAGUAUUCCUUAUGGUACACCUACUGCUAAAGAUCCACGCCUUGCAAACAAGCCACCAGAGAAGAAACCCGGUCAGUAUUGAAAUAGUAAACAAAUCAUGGAGUUGGGGAAAAUAACAAUAAUAGAGGGACUCAGGAGUGGUGCAAUGGUAGUGCAAUGGUAGUGCAAUGGUGGUGCAAUGGUGGUGCAAUGGUGGUGCAAUGGUAGUGCAAUGGUAGUGCAAUGGUAGUGCGUCUUCCUUACAAACAAGAUGUAGCAGAUUCAAAAAUCUGAGGGUUACCUCCUCUCAGGGAAAGAGAAAUUCUUGUGGAAAGAACUCAUCAGCUAGGGCAGUCGCGACCCACAGGUUGAGAACCGCUGAGCUAAGGGAAGAGUAACACAUGCUAUUUGAUCUGUUGAUGUAGCAUGGUUAACUAAUGUACUGUAAUGUUUGAUUGUCUUAGGAUGCCGCUAGCUAGCGUCUGAAUCACUAUUAAUCUGCAUGUGCUCCUCUCUCAUUCAUCAAGUAAUGAUAACGUCCAAGGAAUAAAAUUACACAGUACUUUAUUACAUUCUAUAACCACAUAAAUAAUAUGCCUUCCUAGGCGGAUAUCCUGCAACAAUUCCAGGAUGCAAUCAUUAUACACGUAUACAAUAUUCCAUAUCACAAUUUGAAUCAAAAUACUACAAUAUUUCAAUAAUUCACAUGAUAGAAAAUAAAACAGGUCCGAUCUCUGUCAGAAAAAUGGUGUACUCUCUCGUUCAACUAAAGCGUGCAGUCCACCACGCUAUAGAAAAAUAGUUCCUCCUUUUUUCUCGUGAAAUACGAGGCAUUACAACUCUAUGCUCAAAUUACUAUGCUAUCCUGACAUAAUAGUGUUGUGUGAAAAAUUACAGACAACUUGGUCUGUUACAGGAAGUAUAUUUUUGUGGAAGAGUUAAAUCCUUAGAAAGAAAAUCUCUAUCACCAAAUUUGGAAAUCAACAGCCUGUUAGGAUUGAAAUUUGGCUGUCUUAGUUGUUCAAGACAGAAGAGGUGUUGAAAUUUGGCUGUGUUAGUUGUUCAAGACAGAAGAAGUGUUGAAAUUUGUCUGUCUUAGUUGUUCAGACAGAAGAGGUGAAUUUGUGUGUGUGUAUUCAACGAAAAGAAUAAGUCAAAGAGACUCAAUAAAUAUAAUAAAUUUAUGAAGAAAAAAAUGUAUUCUAUUUUCUUUGACUUAGAUUUCUUCUGCUCAUUUAAAUUUAUUUUUUUUUUUCUUGUGAUGAAUACGUUUUUCACUGACCUCCUCUGGUCAGUACGGGGUGAUGGAGACAUUUUUCACUGACCUUCUCUGGUCAGUCCUGGGGGUUGGAUGAUCAGUGGGAUUUGGUGUAGUCUGCUCUAAAUGUUUCUCAGACCUUCAUCUCUGCUUAACCCAGGAACUGUGGCAUGCAUCAUUCUGUGGUGUGGAGCUUUUCAGAGCGUUUUGAGUGCCUUUUGAAAUUACAUUAAAUGACAUAGAAAUAUUGAUACAAGACCCCUAUAAGUAUAUAUUUUUAGAAAGGUAAAUGGAUGGGGAUAAAGUUGGCCAUAUUGCCCAUCCCGUAAAAUUUUUUUGCUCAGUGUCCUUGACCUUGGAGUUCUCAAGGAAAAAAAAAUCAACAAAAUGUCUUGCUUUCAAGUGCUCAUAACAUCAUUCAUUUUUAUAGAUACACUUAAAACACAAAUCUAAAUGUUGUAGCCAAUUCAUUUAUCUUUAAGAAAAUGUAUAGUUUGCUAAGGUUUUGAUUACAAUUAAACCUCUGAAAGCAAUUGUAGCAAUUUUAGCUCAUUCAUAUAAGAAACUGGGACCACAGCUAAAACCAAGUACAAAAUACAAAUCUCAGGCAAAAUAGUUAUUAUUGACUAGUAAACAUUUAAAAAGGAACUGUGGAAUUGAUUUGGGUUGUAAAAUUUAUUAGUUCUGAACUAAAAUCUUUAGCUUCUGUGACAAAAAUUCAGUCAGUCCUUGGCCAACCUCCAGGCCUGGCUCGAAGUCUAACAGUAGCCUCAGUAGGCCUACUUCAGUAUCACUAAAACUAGAAUAAAAUUCACGAGAAGAAUAAUCCCAACUGAUAUCGCCAUGGGGAAUGUUAAAAUCAUCAUCAGUAUCAAACAUAUUUCUAUUAGUUCUUGCACUGAAGGCCCAGCCAUGGCUUCAACCAUUUAAGCUUUAAAAAAAAUAGCUGAUUAAAAAAGUAUUUCUUUUCAAGUUAUCAUGAUACAGCUUGAACCAGAAGACGAUUUAAUUAUUAAUAAAAGGAAGUGGCUAUAAUUCCGGUUAAAUAUUGGAUUGGAAGUUACUAUCGGACCGUGUUUUUUAUCAGCCGUUUUUUUUCGGCCGCCACAGUACAGAACGAGAAUGUGGGCUGAUUUUUUUGCCAACCACAGUUCAUGGGUUAACAAUAUUGGCAUAAAGAAAUUAAAUUUAUCAAUUUUGUCCGUGACCAUGUGACAUUGUUUUUUAUACUUAGGAUAUGAACAAUUGUAUCUUUCAGUCUGAAGUCAUCUAAUAUAAACUUACAAACAUUGUUUUUAUAUUAUGUUGAUGUUAGAUUCGGUCCCAACGCCGAAACAAGAAGAAAUGGUUGGCUCCAUGGACCUGCUUAUCAAAUUGGAAAAGCCUGAGAUUUAUAUGAUUGAGAACCAGAUGAAUCCUCACACAGACAGUCUCAUUGUGGAUGUAAGUAGUUGCACCUCUUACCAUUUUGAUAUACAAUGCACCAUUUUGAGAUGUUAUGACUGUAUGCUGAGACCCAUCAGAAGUAUGAUUUUAAGAGACAUGGGUAAAAAAUUAUUCUGGUAUUUUUUCUUUCCAAUUUAAAAAACUAAAGAAAGAAAGAAAUUUUCAGGUUUUGAAGUUUAAGCCCAUUCUAGAAACAUUAGGAAGCCAAUGGACUGAGAAAAACGAUUUGUUUGUAAUUUUAGUUUUAUGUUGGGACCAUCCUUACAUAGGCACUGAGAGAGCAGGUGAGGGUUGUUAUUGAUGAGAUUUGGUAUACGGGGGGGCUAGACACAUGGGUAGGGGCAAGGGUGGGAUGUCAAAGGCUAUAAAAUUAUCACCACAAUUAUUUUAAUGAAUAUGAUGAUUGUUUGUAGAUGACAGUUGUCUGUCAGGAUAAUUAUUGCAGAAUUUAUGCAUAAAUGUAGGUACAUUCUGCUGAACGAACCAACCGCUUUCCCCCUCUGUUCUUGACCUACCCUCAGUCAAUAACUGAUAUAGAGAUGGCCCCCAGUGUCAACAGGGGGUGUGAGUACCAACUUAUCAUUUUUGUAUUAUUUUUUUUUUUUAUUGGACGAUUGUUAUUGUCGAAACGUUGAAUCUAUUGAAUUGCAAUAUAUCCACUCAUAGAAAUGAGUGUCUACUUAUCUGGCCAAGUCUCUCACUUGAUCCCACGAACAGUAUAACCAAUAGCAACGGUUUCUAAUUCAAUAAGCACUUUACGGUUUGUUGCAAUAUAAAAGCUUAAUAUGCCUCUUCAACCUGAAAAUCAGUGUACUUCACCAUACAACUUGUAAACGUUCAACUUCUCAAUCUAUCUAGUUGAAAUCAUCACACAUAGAAACAUCACACAAGAAGCUAUGCCCUAAACAGUGCACAACGGCCAUCUCUAUCCUUCCAUCCACAGCCAACCAAAACUCGCUCGUCAUAUCCCCUUACACAAUUAGUCACAACACUCUCACACAAACGAUACAGCUACACGUACAAUCUCUAACUCAACAACUUUCCCUAUCAAACAUGAAAACAAUCAUCUACACAUAACAACAGUGAUUCUCAUACCCUUGACAGUUAUUAUCAGCGUGGAAUCGCCCGCCACUCCUUUUUCAGGAAUACUGAUUUUUAAAAAAAAAUGCCUUGUCAACUGCUCUUAAAUGUGGUCUGCCGGAUGUAUCCUAAAUGAACUUAUGUUUUCAUUCAAUUAGAAAUUAUGUAAAUUUUUGUCAUAAAUGCACUUAUGUGAUAUCUGAUAUUCAUAUAUACUUCAUUUUUUGGACAGUUUGUGCCAUUUCAGUGCACUGGCCCCCCUUUUGGACUGAGUUUAAAAAAACAUAAUAAAUUGAAAUAAGAAAUACAUUAAAAACAAUUUUAAUAUUUAUUAACUACUAAAAUAUAAAGCAUUUAUUUCAACAAAAUUAGUGAAGGGGAACCUAAUUUUUUAAAAACAUUACGAUUAAGGGUAGAAUGAUGCCAAACUAUCUCUAUGUAUAUGCAAAAGUUUAUCCAUGCCUUCUGAAUUUAUUUUUUUAAAAAUUAGGUAAAUGGGUUUCAGCCUCCUCCCCAAGCUCCACACUCAAUUUUGCUCCUGGGGGGGGGGGGUGGGGGUUCUUUGGGAAGAGUCUUCAAUUUCCACUCACCCCACCAAAUCUUCAUAUGUCAAAGUGACAUAUGGCGGGCACAUUUGUAUUAGCAAUAAUGCUUUGUAUAUAAAUAUAUAAACAUGAGUAAUAAUAAUGCACUGAGUAUAAAUAUAUAAACAUGAGUCGUCUACUUUAAGAAGUGACCUUUAUUAGACAUGCAAUGCUAAUAGUUUGUGUAUACCUUGUACUGAUAUGGUUAUAACAAUAUGGUUUUUAAUGAUUUUGAAAUGGUAAAGUGUUGUUCUAAGGCUAUAUUGUACUGUUUCGGGAGCUCCAGUGUAACCAUUUCUGGAUUUGGAAGACAAGUUGGUCUAGAAUUUGAUUUUGGUUCAUCCCUACUUUUCUUUGAAACAUGUUAGUCUAGACCUAAGUUACUGUAUAUUUUUUAACAUUUUAUUGAUAGCCCUAACUGAGGUAUGCCAGGGGCCCUUUACUGAGUUAUGCCAGGGGCCCUUGACUGAGGUAUGCAGGAGGUGGGUUUAAUAAGACGAUCUGCACAUAUUUUGUUUGUUAUUUUUAUUAAAAAGCUUGAAAUAAAAAUGGAUAUGUGAGAGCUUCUGUAGAGGCAUUCAAUUAUAAAGAAACAUUUUUUUCUACUUUAGAGAUUUUAAAUUUCCCUCUGGAUAUACCACAACAUUGUAAAUAUUCAUGAAAGUAAUCAAAGCAGAUGAUGAUGUAUUAUUAUAUUACCUGUUGUUUUCAAAAUUAAUUCUCUCAUUGAAGACGUCUCUCUAAUUUUAAGACUCUGUGCAUUAUUAUUGGGCCAUUGUCUCAUUGACAAAUUUGUCUACGGCAGCUUGGCAAACGUAGCUUACAGAUGCCCCCCUUUGCUUGGCAAAAAUAGCUUACAUGAGUCACCAGUAGCUUGGCAAAAGUAGCUUAAGGUGUCACAAGUAGCUUGGCAAAAGUAGCUUAAAUUUGUCACCAGCAGCUUGGCAAAAGUAGCUUACAUAUGUCACAAGUAGCUUGGCAAAAGUAGCUUACAUAUGUCACCAGUAGCUUGGCAAAAGUAGCUUAUAGGUGUCACCAGUGGUUUGUAAAUUGAUGCAACCAUUUACCUCUAUAAAAAAAACAACUUUAUAUGAAAUCCCUUUCAGGUACAACUGGAAUUUCAUCUUAGGAUGAACCAAGACACCAUUAGUAUCAAGGGGGCAGUCAAGGAGCUGAGUAUUGUGUCAUGUAUAUUUGACAUGGUGGACACCAAGCAAAGUGUAAGUGUUUCAACUUCUCUCAUUGAUUUGAAAAACCUUUUUUUUUUAAAAUUUUUGUUAUAAAUUGUGUUGAAAUAGAGCGCCACCGUAUGUACAUAUUUAUAUGGGAAAUGUUUCAACAGUGCACCGGUUCCUGAACACAUGACAUAAAAGUUUAAGCCUCAUGUUACGACUUUUGUUAUACUUGAAAUGUUACGGCACUCUUGCUUUGUCUAGGGUGUAUGAAUCUCUCACAUAGAACACAAGGUCCAGUGUAACAAUAUAUAAUAUUUAUUAGGUUCUUUACAAAACAGGAUACACAUGAGUCCAACGACCAAUUAUCCACUCGCUCCUAUCGCUACUGACUAACUCUUAACUGACAACUUUCGACGACUAACAAUUAUCUUGCUCCUCUAGCUUUCUUCUCUCUCUGUCUGACUUUCUUCUCUGACUCUCUCUCGCUGACUGACCUCUAGCCAAUACACAUCCCUUUUAUAAUACCACACAACAACUCAGCCUACGCAAACGUUCCACACCACGGACUAACUUCACGCUCUGACCUCACGAUCAACAACUCACAAAACAACUUUAAUUAAUAGUAUAAAUUAUCAUGGGAAUUAAUUUUUAGGGAAAGAGCAUUUAUUUAAAUUUUAUUUUUAGAAUUAGGUCUAUUUUAAUUUCUAAUAAAAUUACUUUCAAUAAUAAUUAAAUAUUAGGUUUUCUGGAAUAUCAUAAGUUUGACCAGGAAAAUAAUCAGUAACUGAGUAGAGUGAGGAGAAUCGACCAAACUUGAAAACUUGAUAAUACAUGAAGAAACAUGUUGCCAACUAAAUGGCCACAAAUUUAGGUUAAGGAGUUGCUGGUUAAAUUUAGCCUCAAGAAGUUGAAACUUAACAGGCUAAGCUCAUUCAAACUUAACAUACUAAACUCAGUCCAACUUAACAGGCUAAGCUCAUUCAAACUUAACAUACUAAACUCUGUCAAACUUAACAUGCUAUACUCAUUCAAACUUAACAGGCUAAGCUCAUUCAAACAACAUACUAAACUCAGUCAAACUUAACAGACUAAGCUCAUUGAAACUUAACAUGUGUUGUUUAGGUCUUGUAUGCUUGAGUGCCUAGUGUGGUAUUUAUGCCCAUGUCAUUUAGGCCUUGUAUAAAAAAGCUCGUGUCAUUACGGCCCUGGAGAAGAAGCUGCUCGAGGUCUGCUACAGCUACUAUGAACACACCUGGGAAAGACUGCCCUAUUUGAUCUACGUGGGUCAUCUUUGCCUGUGUUGAAGGCUCUUUUGUCUUAAUACUUUUCAAGAUUUCAUUCCUGUGCCACUUUUUGUUUAAGUUACAUUGAUUUGAACCAUUGGCAAAUUGUUCUUUGUUUCUGUGGGACAUUUAUAGAGAAUUGCUACUUUAUUGUUCAUUGGUGACAGCCAAUUUGUAUUACCUGUGCUUGUCACUGGACAGACAACUGUAUCACACAACUUCAAACAUUAAGUAUGCAUUUCUUUCUCAUCAUUCUAUAAACAGCAACAUUGUUAUAUAUGUGCACUAUUUUGAUCCAGGAAGCAAGACUGAGUGUUAGGACAACAAUCUAAAAGAACAUUAUAAAAAGCUUUCAUAAAGCCUCCUCAUUAAUGAUCAUGGAAAAAAACAUUGAAUCUAACUAAAAAAAUUAACACAGUAUUUCAGAUUCUUACAUUAAUAUUGUUUCACACAGUACUAGCAGAUGCAUAUGUUAAAACUUAGGUAUUUUAACAUAGUUUCACACAGUACUAGCAGAUUCAUAUGUUAAAACUUAGGUAUUUUAACAUUGUUUCACACAGUUCUAGCAGAUUCAUAUGUUAAAACUUAGGUAUUUUAACAUUGUUUCACACAGUACUAGCAGAUUCAUAUGUUAAAACUUAGGUAUUUUGUAGCAAAACAAGUAUUAAUAUUGCUUAUCAUCAGGGCCCAUGAAUUAUUUCAGCUAACAGCUAAUCAACUAAUUUAUUAUUUUUGUUAAAUUGUAUGUUUGCCGUCCAGGUCCUUCAUCCAGUCACCAUUGACAUAGUUGGUAAUAGUCCACAAGGCAGGGACCACCACAUUGAUGUCAUUGUGUCCGAUUUCAUUGUGACCAUAUCACCACCCACAAUACGUCUCAUCACAUCCAUAAUUGCCGGUAUGGCUGUUAUAUCAGUAAGUACAACAUGACCAUAUCACCCCCUAAAAUAGGUCUUAUCACAGCCAUACUAGACGGUAUGGCUGUUAUAUCAGUAAGUACCAUAAUGUCGGGUCUGUUAAUAUCACGUAAAUGUGAAGGAUACUUAAACAUUUUUUACCAGCUUAACUUAGGAGGCUAGAUUUUGGUUUCAUUGAUAGAUGCCGGAUGAAACAACAAUGACAUUCUUUAUGUAACCAGAAUCCUCAUUGAAACAACAGCAAUGACAUUAUUGAUGUAAGCAACAUUAUUUAUGUAAGCAGACUCCUCAUUUAUGAACCAACAGUAAUCACAUUCUUUAUAAGCAGACUCCUCAUUUAUGAACCAACAGUAAUCCCAUUCUUUAUAAGCAGACUCCUCAUUUGCCAUUCUUCUCUCCAGCCCGAUGAUAAUGGGCCCGUUGCCCCUAAAGACUAUUCUUCAGUUUGGGAAGUCAAAACUCUCGACCAUGCUAGUUUCUGGUACACUCACUCAGGUUAG